UUGCAUACAUUAAAUACAGAUAUGCAAACGGCAUUGUAAUAGAAGCAAAACUCAGUGCUAGAUUGUUCAGAAAAUUAUUUCGACGUCGAAUUGAAAAAUAUAUAAUUGUUUUUAAUGAGAAGACUUGAAUUAUUUAAAUUGAUAUUAGAAUAUAUGAGGAAUUGUUUAUAGUGAUACUGCUGGAUUUAUGUAGUACUAAAAUAAAUUGAACUUCACUCAGACAGACGAAAUGACGAGAAUCAAUGUUGAAGAUAUAAAUGUUGACCAUAUUUGGAGAACUUUGGAUCCGUGGGGAAAAUACCAGUGGAAACAACUGUCAUCAUAUCUAUUCAUUUGUGUUUCCUGGGUGAUUCAUCAGCUAAGUAUCGUAUUUAUAGGGUAUAGGCCAGCGUUUCAAUGUAAAGCACCACCAAAUGCUUCAUUUAUUGCCAACCGGACCGGAAUAGAUGUACAGUACCAGCAAUGUUCCAUCGUGACAACUGAUAACUCGACAGACAAGGUCAAGGUCACCACAACAAAAUGUACCCACGGCUGGGAUUAUGAUAUUCCUACAGAACAAUCUUUUGUAACUGAGUGGGAUUUUGUUUGUGAGAAUGCAGAGUUUGCAGAGCUCACACAGACACUUCUUAUUGUUGGUAUGAUGCUAGGAACAUUUGUUUUCCCUACAUUGUCAGAUAGGUUUGGCCGGAAGCCCGUGAUGGUGUUUAGUCACAUGAUAUUGUUCGGAAUCGUUUUUGGGACAGCUUUUAGUAGCAACUACACUGUUUUUGUUAUUUUGAGAAUUUUGACGGGAGCUGUAUGUCAGGGUGCAUUAUCUGGUACAACUUUAGCCUUGGAGACAUUCCCGACAGAAGUUAGACAUUACACGGAAGUCCUAGCUCUUGCAAUGUGGACCACCGCAAUCUGCAUAAUGUCGCCUAUAGCGUACGCGUUGAGAAAUGUGUCAUGGCGAUACCUACAGAUAACAUACGCUCUGAUGAGCGCCUGGUCAAUAUUUCAGUGGUGGAUGUUAGAUGAAUCUCUAAGAUGGGUAAUUGCAAACGGUCAGAUUGAUCGCGCAAAAGCUAUCAUAAAAAAUGCAUGCAAAUGGAAUAACAAGAAUUAUGAACAAGUCCUGGAAAAGAUAGGUCUAAGUGAAACGACUCCUGAAUAUGAACUGAAGGCGAAACUACAUGAACAUCAGGGGGAUAAAACAGAAAACGGUGUGCAGGAACUAAAGAGUUUGGUCGGAGAGCAGAAAGAGGAGGUAGAAGUAGCGGUGAAGGAAUACAGUGUAUUGGAUAUAGUUCGACACAAAAACAUUUUCAAAGUUUCUUUGAUAAUGUGGUAUACGUGGAUUGUUGACAGCCUGGUAUAUUAUGGACUGUAUAUGAUAUCAUCGGAUCUAUAUGGAGACAGAUACAUCAACUUCUUCCUGAGUGCGCUUAUUGAAUACCCAGCGUCUGUAUUCGAGUAUUUUGCACUAGCCAAAAUUGGCCGGAAGUGGACGUGUAUAAUCUGUCACGCCAUAGCUGCUUUUGGGCUGGUUGUUGCAACGGGCUUGACCUACACUGCCGGAGACAAUACCAGUAUGUUGGCGGCCGGGACGGCGUUUAUCCUGGUAGGUAAAAUGGGUAUAACUGGAGCAUUUAGCUCCGCCUAUGUUGUCACCCCGGAGUUGUACCCUACCAAUAUGAGGAAUUCUGGCCUUGGGGUUGCAUCUUUUAUGGGUAAAGUGGGCGCUAUGAUUGCUCCUUUUUCGCGAAAUGUUUCAGAACAAGUUAAAUGGCUACCAGCUUGCAUCUAUGCAGCACUGUGCUUAGUUACAAUGUUUCUAUUUGCAUUUGUGCCAGAAACCAACGGAGUUGAAUUGCCGCAGACAAUCGAUGAGCUUACGGAAUGGUAUCGCGUGAACAAAUUUAAUCUCAAAUUUGGUAAGAAUGUGCAUUCCGGCGUCAAAAGACAUAGUCUAAAAAUAGAAAAAGAAGAGGACGAGCAGCAUUGAAAUUAAUUUUCUAUAGGCUUGCACAUGCAAUGUUAAAGGAACACCACUGAGGUCCAAAAGACUAAAAACAUAAAAUUUUAAUUUCUUACAAAGUCUAGCUGGGGCUUUCAAAACAGAAGGUGAUACAAAAGAUAAUUAAUAAAUAUAAAAAGAAAUAAAUUGAAAAUCGUAUUUUUGAGCUAUUUCUAGUCCGAUUUGAGUGAAAAACGUUGUAACGCUUUUCAAUUUUGUGUCAUUUUUCACAAUUAGAAUAAUUAUUCUGAUCUUCUUCAAAUGGAACAUUAAUAUCGAAAAAUUUAGUCCCUUUCAUAAGUAAAAAAAUACUCAGUGGAGUCCCUUUAAAAUGUUUUUGUGAAGUGUGUGUCAUUGACGAAGUGUGUCAAUGGUGCAGUGUGUUAAUGUACUUAAUCCAUAUUUUCCGGGAAUUACAUCAACUAUCUUAGUAUACUUAAGGUGAUGAUUUCUAUACUCAAUCAGAAGGUUUUCACAAUGCCAGAAAGCUCGCUAGGGUAUGAUAUGGUAUGGUAUGAGACUCGCAGACGAGUUCCCUGCAUUACGUGCUCAAAUAUAUUGAAUUAUAUUGGACGUUGUACGUUUAAAGAAUAGAAUUACAUGUAUUUAAACAGAAUUAUAUAUAAGGCCUUUUUUAAGGAAAAGGCACACAUAUAUUUCUAAAAUGUAUCCGCAUAAUCAUAAUAUACUCACGCAUAUCCAGUAUCCUCUAUUUUUUCAAUGUUUAUUUGUAAAUAUUCAUGUACGUCAGUAUUCAUACUUGGUAAGUGAUUGAAAUUAUAUUGUGUCCAAUGAAAUCGUCCCAUUUUUCGAAUUCUGUGACACAUUUAAUUCAUUUUAUCAGCACCAUUUUGUGAUUUGACACUUUCUCGUCGCACUGUGUAACAUAAUUCCAACUACUAAGUAGGUUAGUCUUUGUUAAGUCAGCAUCAAUUAUGUUAAAUCUUGUAAACUUGUUUACUUACAAACUCUUAUUUAUAGAUAAAAGAUCAGAUACAUUUCGUAUUGUAAAUUAUUUGUGACCGGUUGAUAAUGGUAAUAAAAUAAUA